AUGGCCUCGGAAGAGUACCCAGGUCUGCUCCUCUUGCCUUUCCCCCCUCGGCCACCAUCGCGCGCCUCACUUAGCGCCGCCUAUCGGCCAUCGCUGCUGGCUGUUCUAUCCAAGAUCAAGAACCCGAAUCGGUCAUCCGUCCUCGUAGUAGCCGUCGUGUGCCCGCUUCUUCAAGGGGCAUCGCUCAAAACCAAGUCGCUUUCGUGGGCAGCUGCACAGUCCCUCGUUGCCGGCCUCUACAGCCUCAUCGCUGUUGUGUGCGCCGAGCAAGACAUUGCCACAGAUAUCCAUGGAGGUCCCGGCUCUGUCGAUGCCCGUGUCGUGCUAGUCGAUCACGAUGCUGACAGGAGGUUUCCUCCCGAUUUCGUUGCCAACAUCGAGCCCAACAACACCACCGUUGUCGACCUCCCGACCUUUGCGUCGGCCUACUACCCCUGGAGUUUCAUCUUCCACGUCAACAGCGAGCAGGGCUACCGCACUCUUUCUACCUAUCUCAGGUUUGCCGAGCGGAGGCAGACAAUUCUUCAGUCACAGCUGGUAGUCGUUGAGGCGGGGCUAAGCCUGAACCUCGAGAGCCCAGGGGCCGAAAGGGCAGAGGAUUCGCCAGGGUACUCCGUUGUGUGUCUCGGGGGCACCUUUGACCACCUACACCUGGGCCACAAACUACUCUUGACGGCCGCAGCGCUUCUCCUUCGGGUGCCAGUCAAGGACUCGACAGCAACUUGCCGUCUGAUUAUCGGCAUCACGGGUGACCAGCUGUUGAAAAACAAGAAGUACGCAGAACUCGUACAGUCCUGGGACGACAGGGCUCGAUUCAUAGUCGAUUUCCUCUCUUCGCUGCUGGAGCUGGACAAGGGCGGAUGGAAGAAGAAGACCGGCCCCGUCGCAGCCGUUACGACGCAGCCGGGCCGUCUUGAGGCGACAUUCCGCAACGGCGCAAUCACUGUGGAGUGUGUUGAGAUCCAAGACCCGUUUGGCCCGACCAUCACACAGGAGGAGAUGGACGUCUUGGUAGUUUCGGGAGAGACGCGGUCGGGCGGACAGGCCGUCAACGAUAGACGGACUGCACUCGGAUGGAAGCCCCUGGAGACGUACGAGGUCGAGGUGCUCGACGCCAACGAUCUCGGCGACGAGGCGAGUAAGACGGAUGAGAGCUUUGCGUCCAAGAUCAGCAGUACGGCCAUCCGGCAGCAAAAGGCCGAGACUGUGGCGAAGCUGGAGAGCAGCACAAGCCGGCUCUCUUAG